AUGAGCAGCUACUAUGUCGCUGGCUCUACUACCGCAGCCCUCGUAGUCAUCGGACUCUAUCUCCUAUUUACAGGGGAUGGCGAAGCUUUCAACGUUGGGCUAUUCCUCGAGACUGUCUCGCCGUACGCUUGGGCGGAUCUAGGCAUUAGUCUUUGCAUCGGAUUGUCGGUCGUUGGCGCAGCAUGGGGCAUAUUUAUCACAGGGUCUUCCAUCUUGGGUGGUGGUGUCAAGGCCCCGCGCAUUAGAACAAAAAAUCUCAUAUCGAUCAUCUUCUGUGAAGUAGUUGCUAUCUACGGCGUCAUCAUGGCCAUCGUUUUCUCUGCAAAGUUGAACCUGGUAGAAGGAGAUGACAUUUACUCCGGGUCGAAUCAGUACACCGGCUACGCGCUUUUCUGGGGUGGCUUGACUGUGGGCAUGUGCAACUUGAUCUGUGGCGUGUCAGUCGGUAUCAAUGGCAGCAGUGCCGCCCUUGCAGAUGCUGCGGAUCCUAGCUUAUUCGUCAAGGUACUUGUGGUGGAGAUCUUCAGUUCCGUGCUUGGGCUUUUUGGCUUGAUAAUCGGGCUGCUUAUAUCACAGAAGGCAGUGGACUUUAGUGCAUCAUGA